AAUACAAAGCUGACGGCGCGCAGAUAAAGCAUCCAUCAUCGUCUUUGUCGUCAUCCCCAAACUCACACCUCCUCCUUUAAUGGCGUCCGCGUCCCUCUCAUCUUUCUCCUAAAUCCCAAGAAACCUAACCACAAAACUAUGUCCUCGUCGUGGUUUUCUCUCUCUCUUCCCAACCCCUUCAACUCCGACGAAGAAAAAUCUCCUCCCCAGUCCCCCACCGCCACCGCCACCGCCAAACCAGGCUUUUCCAUCAUCACACAAACCAUCGGCCGUCAACUUCACAACGUUGCUUCCUUUCUUGCUCCACCACCACAACAACCUUCUUCUUCAACCCCGCCACUGCAGUCCGAUGAUUCUGGCGAGGCUUCACCGUCGUCUACUUCCUCUUACACAGGCAUAAAGAACGAUCUUGCUGAAAUUGGUGGUAGCUUCAAAACAGGCCUCUCUCUGCUCUCAUCCAAUAAAGCAGUGAGUGAAAUUUCUAAAUUCGCUUCCAAUUUACUUCAGUUUGAUCAAGGGGAUGAUCAUGAUCAUGAUCUUGAAGAGAUUGAUCCUGUUGGGGUUACCGAUGAUGUUAUCAAUUUCGUUCAAGAAAUCUCUAUUCGCCCUGAAUGUUGGAUCGAUUUCCCUUUAUCUCUACAAAACCAAGAUUUUGAUCUAUCCGACAUUCAGAGAGACCACACAUCUGCCAUACAACAAUUAGUACCAAGUUUGACCACUUUGAGGCAUAAAAUUCACAAUCACAUGAGCGAACAACACUUUUGGAUGAUUUAUUUCAUUCUGUUGCUUCCAAGAUUGAAAGAGGAUGAUUAUAUGCUUCUAUCAACCCCAGAGAUUGUGGAAAUACGCGAGGUGCUUCUGCAGAAACUGAGAAACAAGAAUAAUACAUCCAUGGAGUUAUCAGAGGAUACCAAAGGAAAUACAAGUUUAUCUGAAAAGGGUAGUGAGGUAAAUAGCAGUGAACAAGCCAACAAGAGUACUAAGAGUGAACACCAUGAAGAUGAUGUUUCUUUCAGUGAUCUAGAGGAUGAAGAUAAUGAUCUUUCUGGUAGAUUAUCUGGUAUUAGACAAAGAGAAAGUAGCAGGGUUUCUUCAGCUAGUGAAACAAGUGAUUGGGUUCGUCUUAAUGAAAGAAAAACAAAUCAGUCAAGGCAUUAUUCAGAAAGUGAAGAGUCAAGUGAUUGGCAAGCUGUAGGGGAUGUUGAUCUUUAGAACACACUUUUAUGAUUUAAUCCUAGUGAAGCUUAUCUUCCUUAAAUCUUUUACCGAAUUGUUUCUUUCCAUUUUGGGGAAUUACAUGUUUUUCUAAAGGGAUGUGGUGAAAUUGUUUGUAGAGUUCAUAAAUCUACAUUGUAAAUGUUGAUCGGUUUUAUGGAAUCUGAUAAUUCGGUAGGUUAAUGUAUUUGU